GCGCGCGCGCAAGGUUGUCCGUUACUGCCAGGCUGCGCGCGCGCGCCUAGCGAGGCAAGCGAGAGAGGAGUGAGCGCGCGGGGGGGACUGGCGGCCCUCAGAUACCGACGAGCACGAGGCGGUUACCCGCUUCCCUUUCCCGUAAGAAGAGGCGACGCUUCGGCUGCGCCGGCCUCGGAGGAGAAGAGCGUGUGAGAGAGAGACGGUGCGCUUGAGCUCGCCCCUGGGCGAAGCGACCGCGGCGUCGGCUUCGACAUCUUCUAGGCCGCUGUGGGCGGGGCUUAUUCGGACUCGGCCGGCCCUGCCGGGUCCCGCGCGCUUUCAGGAUGUCGGCACAGGCCCAAAUGCGCGCGAUGCUGGACCAGCUUAUGGGCACCUCCCGGGACGGGGAUACUACCCGCCAGCGAAUCAAAUUCAGUGAUGACAGAGUGUGCAAAAGUCAUCUUCUCAACUGCUGCCCUCAUGAUGUCCUCUCUGGAACAAGGAUGGACCUUGGAGAAUGUCUGAAGGUGCACGACUUGGCAUUAAGAGCCGAUUAUGAAAUUGCAUCCAAAGAACAAGACUUUUUCUUUGAGCUUGACGCAAUGGAUCAUCUACAGUCAUUCAUUGCUGAUUGUGAUCGAAGAACUGAAGUGGCAAAGAAAAGACUGGCUGAAACCCAAGAAGAAAUCAGUGCUGAAGUUGCAGCCAAAGCUGAAAGAGUCCAUGAAUUGAAUGAGGAAAUUGGAAAGCUGCUUGCAAAGGUGGAACAACUUGGAGCUGAUGGAAAUGUGGAAGAAUCUCAGAAAGUAAUGGAUGAAGUGGAGAAAGCAAGGGCAAAGAAAAGAGAAGCAGAGGAAGUGUACAGGAAUUCCAUGCCUGCUUCCAGCUUUCAGCAACAGAAGCUUCGAGUUUGUGAAGUAUGCUCAGCAUAUCUUGGUCUACAUGAUAACGACAGGCGGCUUGCUGAUCACUUCGGAGGAAAAUUGCACUUGGGCUUUAUUGAAAUAAGAGAGAAGCUUGAAGAACUCAGGAGAAUUGUGGCUGAUAAGCAAGAGAAACGAAACCAAGAACGUCUAAAGCGUAGGGAAGAAAGAGAGAAGGAAGAAAGGGAAAAGCUAAGGAGAUCUCGAUCUCAUAGCAAGAACCCUAAAAGGUCAAGAUCCCGAGAUCGCCGUAGACAUCGAUCUCGUUCUUCCUCACGUGAGCGAAAGAAAAGAACUCGCUCCAGAUCCCGUGAGAAACGUCACCGUCACAGGUCUCGUUCCACCAGUCGCAGCAGGAGCCGCAGCCACCAGAGAAGCAGGCAUAGCUCCCGGGACAGGAGCAGAGAACGCAGUUCUAAAAAAAGAUCCUCAAAAGAAAGAGCUUCCAGAGAUCAAGAGCGAUCAAGAGACCGUAACAGAACAUCACAUGACAAAGAAAGGAGCCCCAGAGAAAAGUCACCUAGAGACCGAGAUUGCAAAGACAGGAAGCGUUCCUAUGAAAGUGCUAAUGGCAGAUCAGAAGACAGGAGAAGCUCAGAAGAGCGUGAAGCAGGAGAAAUAUAAUUGGCUGUACAUUCACUUGAUCCUUUAGCUUCCUAUGGAGUUGCAUACUGUGGUUUAGUUUACAGUUAUUCAAAGGGACACCAGUGAGCAGUUCCACACACUGAUCCAACUAGGGUAGAUGUACAGUGUAUAAAAAUGGUUAUAAUGAAGUCUGAAUUGACCCCUUUCAGUUGAUGACAGCUAAAGCAGUGUCCUUUUUUUCUCUUUUCCAAUAAACUUGUAAAACAUUAUUUUCAAAGAUCUCUCUUCAAAAAGACAACAAUUUUAUGUACCAAGACGUAGAUCUCAAUGUUUUAUUCUCCUUUUUCAAUACAAGUUAUAGUGAACAAACUAUAUUGUGUUCUUUGCCUUGGAUGCAUUCAAACCUUUAUAAACUACUCUAAUUUUCCUCCAGUCGAAACAGCAGCACUGAGUGGUUUUUAGGGAGGGCGGGUGGGUCCCAAAGCUUUUAAUUAACUCUAUAAUACGGUGUUCUCAGUUGCUUCUUGAGAGCCUAGGUUUGGCAGUAUGUUUUAGACGGGAUGUGUGCUGGAGAAAAUUGAAAGUUUUUGGUUUUUUUACAGUGCCCAUUUAGACUUUGAAAUUGAACAGCUGUUGCAUUUCAUCCUUUUUAUUAAUUUCUAUUGAAACUUUGAAAUCAAAACCAGUCCCAUAUCUCUGUACCACUUGAUUGGUAUGUGUUCAGUAUACUUGGUUCUUUUUCCAUAAGAUUUUUUCUGCUUUUCUUGUGGGGUGUUAACUGCACAUCCUUAAUUGUAAAAAACAAAAAACCAAUAAUAAAAUAAAUAAAUAAAUAAAAUAACAAUUUUGUCCCUUGAAGUAGCUGUGUGUUUCCCCACUCCUUCCUAGCAACUAAACUGCUUGUUGAUAAUGUCCAUGCUUUCUAUCAGGUGAAUUGUAUCUGGAACCUGCAUGGUGAUAUAUUGUUUUUUACCUGGAUGGUAACACUGUGUUUGAGGUACACAGUUGUAAUAAUAUAUCCCUUUUAUGAAACAGACUAUCUGCAUUUUGAGGAACAGCAACAUCCUGUUGCUUUACAAUGGCAGCUUCCACUUGGGGAAGUUAAGAUGUUUAUAGAAUCUGCUGUUAGCAUGCCCACACAGACUUGCUCCAGUCUAGUCACAGCUCAAAAAAUUAUUUAUUGCUGAAGAUGUGAUUGGCUGAAUAUAUUUGGUACUCCACAUAUAAAUGUGUACAUGGCCUUCAUUUGUGUUUACAAAUAAACAGUUGGAGUUG